AUGGCUGGUCUAAUCCCCCUUCCCCCCCAUCACAUCCACAAUACGACCCGCCUUACUCACCGCGAAGCGCAUACUUUUCUCUCUUGUUUCCUAGAACGAGCGGACAUAGAUGCCGCAUACCGUCCGGACUCGACGCUCUCGGAGCGGGGGCCUCAGGCUCUCUCGACCGGCUCGAACCCCAAUCUCACACUUCACCAUCUCAAGCGUAUUCUUACGGGAAUCGAAGGAAAGAGAGUUGGCGGCGAUUUGGGGCGCGAACUGGGCAGAACUGGCGAGGAGGCAGACAGACUCGAAGAUGCUAACGGCCACAAGAAGCAAAAGUUAGAGAAACGAACUUUCAACAACGAAGGCGCAGAAACAGAAGGCACUACGCCAAAGAAGUCCAAGCGCAAAGUGUACGAUGCGGAGGAGCUCGUGGACGAGGAAAAUGACGACCCAGCGUUAGCCGUGGCAUCAGAAUCUGAAGACUGGCAGGAAAAGGACGCCUUUGAACUAGCACAAACAGAUCGCCACCCUGGCGCAGAGCUCGAGCAGCCCACAGAUGAAACUGAGGAAGAGGAGCUGGUGAGGGUGGAGAUUGAAGGGACCGGGGAAGCCGUUGAUCCUAGGCACGGGCAGCAAGAGUCAGAGCCGACCCCCAAGGGCCUAAGCCAGAAAGAUAAAGAGGAGCGGAAGAGAUUGAAGAAGUUGCGGGAUAAAGAGAAUAAAGCCAAAAGAGCGGAGGAGAAGAAGACAAAAAGGAAGAACAAAGAGUGA